AAUAUGGCUGCUUUCUGCAAAGUGUCUCUGCAUAUUGGCGCUGUGAACUUCCGAACCUAACACCGUGAAAGAUUGGACGGUUACCAAAUAUGUCAGCUCUUCUUAAAUUAAAUAGAUUGUACAAUCUUUCAAGAUAUACUGUCUGUGCUCCACGACCACAUUUGGCCUGUCUGUACCACACGGAAAAGGGGGUGUAUGGUUACAGACCCAGACAGAACGACUUGAGUUCCAAAGUUUUGACGAGCGACCAUAUCUCUGCGCUAAAUCAAGACCAUGGACUGGCACGACUGGUCGAGGCAUAUCGAGCACAUGGACAUAAAGCAGCAAAGAUUAACCCAUUGCUUCCUGAUGCGCCGGUGCUGGAGACCGUUCCGGAAAUCAGCGCGUUAGAUGGGACUCUUGAGGGGCCCUUCAGGACCAAUGGUUUGCGUCACUUUGGGAAAGCAGAGGCAUCACUGGAAGAAGUCCUUGCUUACUUGAAACAAACCUACUGUGGGCAGAUCUCUGUGGAGAUCAGCCAUCUGGAGACAGUGCAGGAGCGAGAAUGGACUGCAGACCGAUUUGAGGAGCUCAAAAAGGAAACUUUUUCUACAGAGGAGAGAAGACGGCUAGCUCAGCUUAUGCUUGAGUCUCAGGAAUUUGAUAAUUUCUUGGGCACCAAGUUUGCUACUGUGAAGCGGUAUGGAGGUGAGGGAGCGGAGAGCAUGAUGGGAUUCUUCCAUGAGCUGUUCCGUCAUGCGGCGUACAGUGGUGUGACAGAUGUGAUCAUGGGUAUGCCUCAUCGUGGACGCCUGAACCUGCUGACGGGACUCUUACAGUGUCCACCCGAGCUCAUGUUCCGCAAAAUGCGUGGCCUCAGCGAGUUCCCAGACAACUCUCCCUCCAUCGGCGACGUGCUCUCCCACCUCACUUCCUCUGUGGAGCUUGACUUCGGGGCUGGUCACCCUGUCCACGUCACCAUGCUGCCUAACCCAUCUCACCUGGAAGCCAUCAACCCAGUCGCCCAGGGCAAGGCACGCGCCCGACAGCAGCUUAAACAGGAUGGCGAUUAUUCCCCCGACAGCAGUGCCCAGCCCGGAGACAAAGUCAUCUGCCUUCAGGUACAUGGAGAUGGCUCAUUUUCAGGCCAAGGCAUUGUGCCAGAAAACUUUACACUGUCAAAUCUACCUCACUACAGAGUUGGUGGGAGUAUUCACCUCAUUGUUAAUAACCAAGUGGGAUAUACCACUCCUGCGGAGAGAGCAAGAUCAUCGCUGUAUUGCAGUGAUGUUGGUAAGAUGGUUGGCUGUGCUGUGAUACAUGUGAAUGGCGACGAGGCCGAGGAUGUUCUUCGGGCAACAAGACUUGCAGUGGAGUAUCAGCGGAAGUUCCGGAAGGAUGUGGUCGUUGACUUACUGUGCUAUCGACAGUGGGGACACAACGAGUUGGAUGAACCAUUUUUCACCAAUCCAGCCAUGUACAAGAUCAUCCGGGCCAGGAAGAGCAUUCCAGACUUGUAUGCGGAUCUGCUGGUGUCCGAGGGCCUGAUGACCGAGGAGGAGCGAGGUCAGAUAAAGUCCACCCACUAUGGCAUGCUGAACGAGCGGCUGGCCAACAUGACGCUGUACAGCCCGCCGUCCACCAAUCUGCAGGGCCGUUGGGGGGACCUGGUGGAGCCCCAGGCCCGCAUCACCACCUGGGACACUGGCAUCGCCGCACCCCUGCUGCAGUUUGUGGGGGCCAAGUCAGUGGCCAUCCCCGAGGAGAUUAACCUUCACAGUCAUCUCAGAAAGACACACGUGCAGGCUCGGCUGCAGAAGCUGGAAGACGGAACCAAGCUGGACUGGUCCACCGCUGAAGCCAUGGCUUUUGGCUCACUGCUCUGCCAAGGGUUCAAUAUCCGUAUCAGUGGGCAGGAUGUUGGGAGAGGCACGUUUAGUCAGCGCCAUGCCAUGGUUGUAUGCCAGGAGUCCAAUGACAUGUACAUCCCACUGAAUCAUAUCGACCCAACGCAGAGGGGCUUCCUAGAGGUGUGCAAUAGUCCCCUGUCUGAGGAGGCAGUGCUGGGAUUUGAGUAUGGUAUGAGUAUUGCCCAACCCAAGCUUCUACCCAUCUGGGAAGCUCAAUUUGGAGACUUCUUCAAUGGAGCACAGAUCAUCUUUGAUACCUUCAUCACAGGAGGUGAGGCUAAAUGGCUGCUACAGAGCGCCAUUGUUAUCUUGCUGCCACAUGGCUAUGAUGGAGCUGGACCUGAGCACUCCUCCUGCAGAAUUGAGCGCUUUUUACAGAUGACUGAUAGCAAGGAGGAGGGUGUAGACAGUGACACAGUGAACAUGUCUGUGGUGAACCCCACCACUCCAGCACAAUACUUCCACCUCCUCCGGCGACAGAUGAUCCGCAACUUCCGCAAGCCUUUGAUUGUAGCCGGACCAAAGACACUGCUAAGGUUCUCAGGUGCUGUGUCUAGCCUUGCUGACUUGGCUCCAGGAACAUCUUUCAAACCUGUGUUUGGUGACCCAUCGGUGAACCCCUCUAGUGUCCAGCGGGUGCUGCUCUGCUCUGGCAAACACUACUACGCCCUGCUGAAGCAGAGGGAGUCACUGGCAGCAGCUGCCCAGAACACGGCACUAAUCCGGCUGGAGGAGCUCUGUCCCUUCCCCUUGGAGGCUCUUCAGACCGAGCUCUCUAAAUACACCAAUGCCAAAGAGUUUAUAUGGAGUCAGGAGGAGCCCCAGAACAUGGGUGCCUGGUCCUUUGUGAACCCAAGAUUUGAAAAACAACUGGCAUGCAAGCUGCGACUGGUCAGUCGACCAUCUCUUCCUGCUCCGGCUGUGGGUAUCGGCAUGCUGCACAAUCAACAGCAGGAGGCCAUUCUCGCCGCCUCCUUCAGCUGAGAGGCCUCCUCCAGGUGCACAAUACAGAACACCUGCACACGGUGGCCACUGAAGGGGACCUAAUUUGACCUUCAGGAAGAGGACCUCUUCGAAUGUUGAGUUUGAGAAGAAGCUCUGUGUCUAACAGAAGAGAGAUUAUUUUUUAUAACUGUUAUUGAAAGUGUUCUUCCCCUAUCCAGUUCCUUCAUUGGAUAUCCAUGGUUAACAAGAUUGUUAUUUUGGUUGAAGGAUGUUGAGUAGAAAUACUUGAGUUCCAAGGCUAACAAAAAAACAGGCAUUAAGGGAUAUUAGCUUCAACCCUACUGACUUCCAGGACAUAACUAUAGAAAUGGAUGUUUAGUCUGUAUAGCAAAAUAUUUUUCUGAUGGCACGGGGCACAAUAUCCUUCAAUGAAUUUAUACAGCAUAACACAGUUUACUAGAUUGACCUCUCAAUAGUACUCCAGCCUCAGUAACAGUGAUCAGUUUUGUCUUUGUUGUUAAUGAAAAGUAUUAUUUAGUAUAGUAAAUUAUGUAGGAUAAGUUAUUAUGCUGGAUGUAAAGAGUUGUUUAUUUUUCAAAACAGGAUAGUUAGAAUAAUUGCAUUAACAAAACACAAUUCAACAAAUAACAAUAACACUGUAUUUUAUGUAUUAUUGGCAAUUUUGGCAGUUUAUUUGUGCACAAAAUAAAUAAACCCCCAUUCUGUUUUCA